AUGUGACCUCACCAAGAUGGAUUUUGGGGGCGGGCCUUGAGAGCUGUUGUAAAAAUGGCGUCUCCGAAAACGGUUCCCAAAGAUGCGCAGGUCAUGAUGCAGAUUUUAAAAGACAUGGGUAUCACAGAGUAUGAACCAAGAGUCAUCAACCAGAUGCUGGAGUUUACAUACAGAUAUGUAACAACUAUAAUCGAAGAUGCCAAAAUAUAUGCUACCCACGCUAAGAAGUCAAACGUGGAUGCAGACGACAUAAGGUUAGCCAUCCAGUGUCGAAUGGAUCAGUCCUUCACAUCACCACCACCACGAGAUUUUCUCCUGGAGGUUGCAAGACAGAAGAAUGUGACCCCUCUGCCUUUAAUUAAGCCGUAUGCAGGUCCACGUUUACCACCAGAUCGCUACUGUUUAACUGCCCCAAACUACAGGCUCAAGUCUCUGCAGAAAAAGGUGUCCUCAUCAGCAGGCAGAAUAACGGUGCCACGGCUCAGUGUGGGAGCGGUUACCAGUCGACCAAGCACGCCAACUCUUGCUACCCCGUCAGUGCAGACAAUAGGCACAAAAGUAGGAACACCUGUAUCACUAACAGGACAGCGCUUUACUGUUCAGAUCCCCUCCUCACAGACUACAACUACCAAGUUAGCUACCCUGACUACUCCAGGCACGGUGCAGAAUGUCCUCAUCAAUCCCUCCCUGAUUUGCUCCAAGAACAUCCUCAUUACAACCAACGUAAUGCCUCAGAACUCAUCCAGCGAGUCAGGCUCGCUGAAAAGAAAGCAUGAAGAUGAUGAUGAUUAUGAUACUUUAUGACACUGUAUAUAAGCUGUGAUACUUUAGUAAUUUGGUUGCCUGAUUUUCUUGUAAAUAUUCUAAUAUGCUUUUGAGAUUUGUUUUCAGUCUGCACCAUCACGUAAACCAGUAACUACAGUAACAGUGCUAUUUUUUGUAAGUAAAUAAUAAAAUCUUUGUGAAAUGUU